GUAGGCGGUUCACACCAGUUACAGACACGCUAGCAGGGGCAGCUGCAGCACGGGCGAUGAGGGGAAAGCUCCCUAAGCUCGCGUGAAGUGCUAGACACCCAAACCCGAGCUACUUCGUACACCACUGUCAACGAUUUCCCCUACCUUCUAACGGCAAGGGCGUCGACGUCUAAUCGAAACAUUACAACUGACCUGCUGAGCCACAGCUACAUCAUGCUUGCGCAACGUGCCGGUAGCAGCGUCCGCGGCGUCCUGUCCGCAACUCGUUCCACACCGUUUGGCUCACGCGGUUUUGCGUCCAGCCCUUCAUUACAAAGCUCGACCAGAGCUCCAGCACUGGCAGAUAUUACGCCUAAUGACGCUGCAAGCUUCAACGAGAAGCAGAAGGAAUUCCGAGAUGGUCUUAUAGCCGCUCAGAAGAAGAGGGAGCAGCAAGAAAAAGAAGCCCGCGCUCGCGAGGAGGAAACUGGCAAGAAAAAAAGCGGACCUUUUACUUCGCUCAUCUACGGAACGGCUGAGGGUCGCGAGCUCGAUAAGGAUAUUGAGAGAAGCUUCUCUCAAGUCCUAGCGCGCGGCAAAUAUGUCCACUCAAUCGUAUUUCACGAUGUCAAGCCAGACAAAGUCGAGGAGUACUAUGAGCUGGUGGGCAAUUGGUAUCCGAAAAUGGCGGCCAUUCCUGAAAACAAAGUGCACCUGGUGGGCAGUUGGAGGACCGAGGUCGGUGACUGUAAUACGUUUGUCCACAUCUGGGAGUAUCAACGCUACGAGGGCUAUCACCAAUCGCUCCACAAUAUUCAAUCGCACCCAGACUUCGCUGCAUUUGACGUUAAAUUGAAGAGUCUUAUUCGAUCGAAGCACACCUCGCUCAUGCAGGAAUUCUCUUUCUGGCCUACGACUUCACCACGACGACUCGGAGGUGUCUUCGAAUUGCGCUCGUACACACUACACCCGGGCAACUUACUUGAGUGGGAGACGCACUGGAGGCGUGGUCUCAAGGCUCGCAGGGAGGUCAUGGAGGGCGUCGGUGCCUGGUUUGUCCAGAUUGGCGAACUGAACACUGUGCAUCACUUGUGGCAGUUCCCCAACCUAGAGGAACGUAAAGUCCGCCGUGAGCAAAGCUGGAAUGUUGAAGGUUGGGGCGAGACUGUGCACAAGACUGUGCCAUUGAUUCAAACGAUGAAGAGUCGUAUUCUGGUGCCCUGUGCAUGGAGCACUGUCGCUUGAAUGACUUCUGGUCAGUAAAGACAUUCUAUCGGCAGAGAUUGAAGCACAGUGGAAUACAGCCUGGAGAUGGUAACGCACAUCAGAGAGAGGAGAGACGAACACCACCUCCGAUGAAACGAAAUUGGUGAAUAGGUGCGCAGGCAUGCAAAGAGAUCAUUAUCAAUAGCAAAUUCGGAUAUCUGCACUGCAUAAAGUCCUGUCAAUAUCUAUUGCAAAUCCUGCAUAGACUGCCUUGACCAGAAUGUUGACACUGGGUUGCUCGCG